GUGCGUUUCCGUACGCUUGACGGCUAAAACCGAAGCCGCCAUUACUGUGUGACGUCGUGUUGCUGCUCUAAUCUGGAAGGCCAAGUAGCGACAAGCCCGCGACAUGCUGCGAUUGCCCGUCGUUAGCCGCGCGCUUUCCGGGGUCGCCCACACCAAAGGAUAUGGAGCUGCCGCUGGGAAUGCAGUUCGCACAGCUGCCACAACAGCCAGCAACCUUGUGGAGGUGUUUGUUGAUGGGAAGCCAGUCCUGGUAGAACCAGGAACCACAGUGUUACAGGCUUGUGAGAAGGUGGGGGUGCAGAUCCCACGGUUCUGUUACCAUGAACGUCUGUCAGUGGCAGGGAACUGCCGCAUGUGUUUGGUGGAGAUAGAGAAGGCUCCUAAGCCAGUGGCUGCCUGUGCCAUGCCUGUCAUGAAGGGCUGGAACAUUCUGACCAACUCGGAGAAAACCAAGAAAGCCAGAGAGGGUGUGAUGGAGUUCCUGCUGGCCAAUCAUCCCCUGGACUGCCCCAUCUGUGACCAGGGAGGGGAGUGCGAUCUUCAGGACCAGUCCAUGAUGUUUGGCAGUGAUAGGAGCCGCUUCACAGAAGGGAAGAGAGCUGUUGAGGAUAAGAACAUUGGACCCCUUAUUAAAACCAUCAUGACUCGCUGUAUCCAGUGCACACGUUGCAUUCGGUUCGCUAGUGAAAUUGCAGGAGUGGAUGACCUGGGCACCACUGGUAGGGGCAAUGAGAUGCAAGUGGGCACAUAUGUGGAAAAGAUGUUCAUGUCCGAGUUGUCAGGGAACGUGAUUGACAUCUGUCCUGUCGGUGCACUGACAUCCAAGCCCUAUGCCUUUACUGCCCGGCCCUGGGAAACCAGAAAGACUGAAUCCAUUGAUGUACUGGAUGCUGUGGGAAGUAACAUUGUGGUGAGCACAAGAGGGGGUGAGGUCAUGAGGAUCCUUCCACGACUCAACGAGGAUGUCAACGAGGAGUGGAUCUCAGACAAGACCAGGUUUGCUUAUGAUGGGCUGAAGCGACAGCGGUUAACUCAGCCCAUGGUGAAGGAUAUCUCAGGGCAGCUGGUGCCUACCUCCUGGGAGGAUGUAUUGACACGAGUGGCUGGAGCACUCCAGGGUGCGCAGGGGAAGGAUGUGGCAGCAAUUGUGGGCGGCCUGGUGGAUGCAGAGGCACUGAUUGCUUUGAAAGACCUGCUGAACCAGCUGAACAGUGACAAUCUGUGCACUGAGGAGGUUUUCCCCAUGGCUGGAGCUGGGACUGACCUUCGCUCAAACUACCUGUUGAACACUCGCAUCAGUGGCAUCGAAGAGGCUGAUCUGCUUCUUCUGGUGGGCACCAACCCACGCUAUGAGGCACCUCUUUUCAGUGCUCGUGUUAGGAAGAGCUGGCUCCACAAUGACCUGCAGGUGGCACUAGUAGGACGGAAGGUAGACCUGAGCUACACCUAUGAGCACCUUGGGGAGUCUGCCCAGGUACUCCAGGAGAUUGUAGCUGGGACACAUCCGUUCUGCAAGAACUUGGCCCAGGCCAAGCACCCAGUGGUGGUGCUGGGCAGUGCAUGUCUGCAGAGAGACGAUGGAGCUGCAGUACACUCCCUGGUGUCCACCAUUGCCCAGAAUGUCCGUGUCACCAGUGGUGUGCAGGACAGCUGGAAAGUUCUCAAUGUCCUCCACAGGGUGGCCAGUCAGGUGGCUGCUCUGGACUUGGGCUACAAAGCUGGUGUGGAGGCCAUCAGGAAUAACCCACCCAAGGUGCUAUUUCUACUUGGGGCAGAUGGAGGCUGUGUCACCCGACAAGACCUGCCAAAGAACAGCUUGAUCAUAUAUCAAGGCCACCAUGGAGACAUCGGUGCCCCCAUGGCUGAUAUAAUCCUGCCUGGGGCAGCUUAUACAGAGAAAUGCGGCACUUACGUGAACACGGAAGGUCGUGCUCAGCAGACAAGAGUGGCAGUGACUUCGCCAGGCAUGGCUCGAGAGGACUGGAAGAUCAUCAGAGCCAUUUCUGAACUGGCUGGCAUUACACUUCCCUAUGACACGUUGGAUGAGGUGCGAAACCGGCUGGCGGAGGUGGCACCAAACCUGGUGCGUUAUGAUGAUGUGGAGGAGGCCAACUACUUCAAACAAGCGAACGAACUGUCUAAGGCUGUGAAUCAGACACUCCUCUCUGAGCCUUUGGUUCCUCCACAGCUCACAGUGAGAGAUUUCUACAUGACAGACCCCAUCAGCAGGGCCUCCCAGACCAUGGCCAAGUGUGUGAAAGCUGUGACAGAAGGAGCACAGGCUGUGGAGGAGCCAUCCAUCUGUUGAAGACCCUGUUUGUACUCUGAGAGUUACUUACUAGUGUUCCUGCACGGGUUACACCUCUCCACCUCCGAGCCCUCUAGAAAACUGUACACAGGCUUAUUACGGUUUAUCGCCAUGCAUUGUACCUUAAACCUAAUCUGUAGCACAAAUCUGUACCGCGUGAAUUUUCUUCAUGUGAUUAGUGUACUGCUGUAAAGACAACCUUUUCAGAUUGAAAACUGGGGAGAAUAUUUGUAACUGAAAGCUUAAAAUGUGGCUACGAAUAAAAAUAAAAUGUAUUGCAAGGUA